UUUUAAAACCUUGACAAACUUUUGAAUGGGAACACUGACUUUUUCCGCAUGGAAAUUAAUAGCAAAAAUUGUAAAUUUGAAUGAAAGUGACUGAGGAAUGGAAGUGACAGAGAGCUGGCACUUUGGUAUCUGUCUACGUGCGGGUUGCGGAUCGACGUUCUGAUAUCUGAAAUUCUGACAUUGCGAAGUUCUCGGUUGAAAUUGGCUAUUUGUUCCUGUCUCAUAUCAUGACAUUGGAAAAACUACUGAAUCCGGAUGGUUAUGGGCCAGAGGAAUAUUUUAUCAUUUCUUUGAUAAUAUUCAUUGUUUUUGUCAUGAUGAAACAUCUUAUAUUCCAUACACUUUAUUACUGGUGGUAUAGAGAAGGAAGACUCUAUCUGCCCAUGAAAUUUCAUAAUUUCUUGACAGGAAAGUCACUUCCACAAAGACUGUUUGAAUUUGUGAAAUUAGAGUCAGAAAAACAGAAGUCUGUUGAAGCAAUUUUAGAAAAUAUUGAGAAUUACUGUGAAAAUAAAGAAUUUGCUCUCACCCUUGGAAAACAUAAAGGAGAUAUUUUGGAGCAAAUAGUAUCUGAGAGAAAACCACAAAAAGUUCUUGUGUGUGGAUCGUUGUGUGGUUAUUCAAUAUUUCGAAUCUUGAGAUCUUCUUCUCCAUCUACUCACAUAUAUGUGAUUGAAACUAAUGUUGAAAAUUGUUCUUACACAAAAAGAUUUUUCUCUUUGAAUGGAACUGAUAAUCAGGUCACUGUGAUUUCUGCCAGUCCAGAAGAAGCCAUUCCAAACUUGAAAAAAGAUUAUGGGAUAGAAAAAUUAGAUUUUGUGUUCUUGUCAUCAUCAUCACUAGGAGAACCUACUCAUCACAAAGUUCUUCAAAAACUUGAAGAAAGUGAUUUAUUUUAUCAGAAUAAAAAGGGUGUUGAAAGUCCCCAUACUGUGAUUCUCGCAGACAAAGUAGUUCAUUUCGGAGAAGCAGAGUUCUUGAAACAUGUUCGACUUUCGGAACAGUACGAGACUAAGUAUCAUCAAAUGCCGUUAGAGUAUUCACCUAAAGAUAUCGUUGAUGGAAUGGAAAAGGCUGUUUUUGUGGGAUAGAACUGGCAUUUUAUUUUGUUUUAUUUUGGAUGUUUCACUUUGAUGCAAAUUAGAAAAGUGUUUUAUUAAUCCUUAUUUUUGUGAGACUAUGCUAGAAUAUAGAAAAAUAUUUUAUUUAGAAUUUUAUACAUGAGAAGAUAACUAUCUUUUAUAUAAUAAUAACUAUCAUCAAAUCCAGUUUCGUGAAAUGUGUUAACCUACUCAAAAAUAUAUUCUAAAAGCAUUGUUGAUUGCGAAAUCCUGCUGUUUCCAUAUAAUUCUCCACUAAUCAUUUCCCUCUAUAGCUAAUGUUGUUACCUACAAUUUCUGAAUAAUUUAUGAAUUAAUUGUAAUUAGUGUUGCAGAUAAUUAGCACACCCAUCCUGUAUUAAUAUUGUAUCUCAACUCGUUUUUUUUGUUAGGUUAUUUAUAUAAAUUUGAUUAAGUAGUUUGCAUGUUGUUUCUGAAAUAGGUUAAUUAUUUUUUGACUUAUAACUUAAAUUUAUUGGAAAUGGUAAGUUUUAAUUACCGGUAAUUAAAAUAAAUGAUGUAAAGGAAUGUGUUUGAAUUUUAUGCUGUAGCGAAGUUUAAACAAAAACGUACAUUUUUUGAUUUACCUGAGGUUCUAUUUUGGUUUACUGCAAAACAACUUUAUUGUUUAAUGUUGGACACAAAUUUUAUACUGAAAUAAUAUUAUUUCCUUUUGGUA